AUGACGCAUAACAGAGCAUAUAUUUUAUCAGUAGAAAAACAAAAUCUACACACAAGUGCGAAAAAUGUAGAUUUAAUCUCGUUAAAUAAUGAGGAGAAAUAUGAAAUAAAAUUAAGCCCCAAAUAUAUUCAUGGUUAUUAUGCAGAAAAAAAUAAUAUCAUUAAAUUUUCCCUUAAAAACAUUAUUUAUACCUUCAAUAAUUUGAUAGUUAUAUACGAUUUGUUCAGUAGAAGUCAAGCUAUUUUUUCUGAACAUGCGAAUAAAGUAACCAUUAUCAGGUGCAAGGAAAGUUGUAGUACCAUAAUGAGUGGAGAAGAAAGCAAAAACAAAAUGAAAAUAUAUUUAUGGAAUAAAUCUAAUUUUAAAAUUUUAAUUACCAUAAAAAUAAAAAGAAGGUUUUUUUCGGACAUACAGUAUUUAAACGACACACAUAUUUUAUUGCUGUGCAAUUAUUCUGAUAAAUUAAUAUUAUUUGUUUUUUCUGUGAUAUAUAAUCAUGAAAAACAAUAUGCACAAUUAAAAAAAAAAUGUGUGCAUGUUGUUAAGAGGGUACCCCAUUUUUAUAUAAAGAGAAAUGGAAAAAUAAAAAAUGGAAACAUAAAUAAUAUUCUCGCGAAUAUAAAAAAGAAGUUUGUAAUGAAAGAAUGGAAAACUGUGUAUAGUAGCACUUACGGAUUUACGAAAAAGUACACAAAAAAUUAUGCACAUUUAAGAUAUUUAAAAAGGAGGGACAGUAGAUGGAGUAGCAAAUGGAGCAGAAAGAGGAAGGAAAGUACGAAUGAUAAUUUACGCCUCAGUGGAACAGAUAUAGACACAUCACCCACUUGUGAAGAGACGAAAAAGAGAUUGUCUAAAAAGAAAUAUUUUAAAAAGAUCAAGGAAACCGCUGAUGGUUUUGUGUACAUAAAAAAAAAAAAGAAGGACGACUACGUUGAGGAUGCUUCUUUUUAUUAUAUCACAUUUGUAAAGCUAUUUAAUAAAGGGGGAAAAAAUCGGCUGAACAAAUUUUUAAAAAAUUUUAAAAUAUUUACAGACAUCGAUCAUAAUAUAUGUAUAUUUAACAAAGAGUAUGUAUUUGUGUACCUGAUAAAAAAUUAUGUGCUCUAUGAAAAGUUAAAAUGUAAAAGCUUUAAGUGUAAAGUCUUUUCGAAUAAUAAUUGUUCGUCUUUGUUAGAGAAGCGAGAUCUUCAUUUUUUUUCCUUUGUUUCGUUUGAUCUGUUUAUAAGCAAUUUGCUCUCGCACCACCGCGCGGAAUUGUGUGCUAAUGGGAAUAUGGACAUUAAUGCACAAAUCAUUGUAAACGAUAAUGCAGAGCUAUACACAGAGGGAGAGGGAAAAAAGGAACAUGCAGAUAAACAGGUGAAUGAAGAUAACCUCUCUCAUAACAGCUAUUCAAGAGCAGAAAAUUUUUCGAAUGAUAGUAUUCCAGAUUCUCUUUACAAAUAUAUAGCUAAUCAAUUUAACGACUUCUUUAACGAUAAAAUUAGCGUUAUUGAAAUUAUUAACGUUUUGUACAUAAACGAAGGUGACGACAUUAGCAUAAUACUUAAGUUGCCGAAAUGUGUUGGGACAAAAAAAAAAAAUUAUAAACAGUUCAUGCGAAAGGAGGAGAACAAAAAGAAGAUGCACAGUUUAGAUCAUAGCUCUAAAUGCAAAAAGUACUUUGUCGUAGGUACAGAAAGAGGUGUAAUUAUAAUCGUAGAUUUUUUAAAAUCCCACAAAGUUGUACAUUUAGAAAAAAUUUGCAAUGAUAGUAUUGUUUCCAUUUUUAUUUUUCAAAAUAGUAUUUUAAUUCUGACCCGUUCAGGUGUUCUAUUUUUUAUGAACAUGAAUAAUUUUGUUAUAUAUAAAAAUGUAGAUAUAUUUGAGAUAGGAAAUAAAAAUGGCACCUCCUUUUUAAGUAGCAAUUCUUGGGACAGUUAUGUCGACGACUCCUGCAAUAUGCAGAAAGAAGGGAAGUUGUCAAGAUCUUUUAAGUUACAUAGGUUUUUCAAAAAUACCUGCACGGUUAAUAAUAUGUGUGCACACAAAUUUCGGAGUAUGAUUAAAAAUAAAAAAGAAAAGAAUAGUCUUUUAUGUUGUGAAGAAAGAAGUAGGAAUGACUAUUUUAACCAUGACUCGUUGGAUAACAUUGAGAAGAGGAGAAAUAAGAGGAAUUAUCCAAAGAGAUAUAUACAUUCAUGUUGCUUAUCAGAUAUGUACACGUUAAUAAUAGGGACAACUUUUAACGAAAUAAUUAUGUACAACAUAAUAACAAGUGAGCUAAGUUUCAUUUAUAAAAAGUGUUCCAAGAUAAAUGAUUUCUCAUUGGAAAAUGAUCAUAUCAUUUAUAAUAGUGAAAAUUGUUUGUACAAAAUGAGCAUAUUUAAUUAUAAUUAUUCCUUUAAGUUUUUAACGUUAAAGAAUAUUAACGUGACAGCUUUUUUAUUUUACUCAGAUGAUAUGCUAAUUUGUGGCACCUUAAAAGGCAGUCUAUAUUUCUUUAGUAUUUCUCAUGGAAAAGCAAAAAUUAUUAAUCGAGUGCAGAAGAGGGAAUUUGCUCACGAAGGGAAAGGGCCUGUCCGCAUGGGUAAUACGGCUAGUAAAGACGAGAGUAACAAUGCAAGUAGCACUGCUCGUAAUGCUAUGCGCAAUAGUACACACAAUAGUGCUCCUAAUAGCGCAUGUAACAGGGCAAGUUGUGGUGAAGUCCUUUUUUCCAUACACAAAAAAAUUUUUCAUGGCUGUUCAGGCAAAACGAAUAGCGAGGUUAAAACAGAAGAAUGGAGGGACAAAAUAAUAGGGCUGAAAUUAAAUAAGUCGAAAAAAAUUUUAUUGUGCUCUUUUCCAAAUAAUGUUUUCUUAUUCAGGUUAAGGGUAACAGGUAAUGAGAAGGUCCUUUUGGAAUGCAUGCGGCGUAUUGAUAUGAGUAAUAUUGUACAAGUAUUUCUACUGCAAAAUUUCGACAAUCUGUUUUAUAUCACAACGAAAGGGAGUACCAGUGGAAGUAGAAGUGAUAGCACCGGUGGAAGUAGAAAUGGUAGCACAGGAGGAAGUAGAAAUGGUAGCACCAUUGGCAGCACGAGGGGGAGCAACCAUGGAGGGACCACUGCCGGUAAUAAGAGCAGUACUCGUAGAAGUAACUAUGGUUUUCAUCUGUGCUCUUUCAACAUGUCAAAAGCUAAAAACAAAAAAAUGAAUUAUUUAUAUUAUAAUAUCCUAUUUGAAAACACAUGGUUUUAUAAUUUCUUCUACUACAAGGAUGAGAAUUUUAUUCUGUCUCAGAGUAAUGUAGACAAAGGAACAGGUGAAUGUAUAACUGUUAUGAACUCGUCUACAUUCGUAGUGUAUACCUAUUCCAUUAGGAGGUCCGCAAACUGCAGUAACUUAAACAAUUGGAGUGAAAGUGAAAACUAUAGGAAGAAGUCCUAUGAGACGAUAUAUGAAAAUAAGAAAAAAGACCUCUUACAUGUCAAAGCAGAACAAAAGAUUACAAGUAAAUAUUCUUAUUCAAAUAAAAUAACAAAUGGGAUUAACUGCCAUACGGGUUGUAACAUUUUGAAUUAUGGUUAUAAAAAUGUCCAUACAGAUAUGCACCUUUUUUUGAAAAAUAGAAAACCACUGUGCGGUGUUCAUAAAAUUAUUUUCAACAAAGCAGUAGAGGGUGAACCUAUUAUAGGGAGGGAUAGUCAAGAGAACGGGGAAGUGAAAGAAGAAGUGGAAGGGGAAGAACAAAGGAAGAAUAAAAGCAAACUUAAUGAGAGAGAAAACAUUAAAGGGACAGGAAAAUUUGAAAAAAGGGUAACCAAGCAAGUAAACAUUCUUACAUAUGAGGAGAUGAAAGGAAAAAUAAAAAAAUGUGGAAGCAUUAAUAGAACACCAUCUUACCAUUUGAAAAGGAAAGAGCAAACAAGAACGCGUAUUCAUUGUAGGAAUAAUAUUUAUGAUAAGCAAAGGAACAUAUACAGUAAAAGUUUUAGCUCAAAAAAAAAAAAUAAAAUUUUAUUAAAAAAUAAUGUUUUACAAUUAAAUAAAGAUGGUGAAAAAUUUCGAGGAAAACAAGUUAACCGCAAUGAAGGGAAAAUAAAACAUUAUACGAAAUAUAAAUUAUUAAGGAAUAUUUUAAGGAAAAGGAAAGAAAUUGAACUGGGUAAUUAUAAAGGAUUAAUUAGUGAGAAUAAUUGUACUGGAAGAGCACAAGCGGGAAUUAAAAGGUCCUGUUAUGAUAUCCAAACAGCGGAUGGUUUAGAGCGAAUUUUGGGCAAAAGGGGUAGCACAGGCAGAAGUAAUAGUAGUAAUAGUAGUAAUAGUAGCAGUAAUAGUAGCAGCAAUAGUAGCAGCAAUAGUAGCAGCAAUAGUAGCAGCAGUAGCAAUAGCAGUAGCAAUAGCAGUAGUGGCAGUAGCAGUAGUAGUCGUAGCCGUAAUAAAUCCCAGUGUGCCGCUUCUGGUGCAAGAAACCCCUUAGAAAAAAAUGGGCGAGAAAAUAUGGGAACAAAUUAUUUAGGGCAUUAUUUAGGAAUAAGUGUUUUAAAGGACGAAGAAACCAAAGAGGAAGGCCUCAAUUCUACAGAGGAUGGAAGCGGUGCACCCGCUGCAUUCGAUACGAACGUUGCUUCUUUGAUGGAGAGAUACAAGGAUGGACAUUCCGUUUCAAAUGGACAUUUCGAUAAUUGUAAUAAAGAUAGUAAUAUCUGUAAUGUAGACUGUAAAGAGAAUAUUUUCAUGUCUACUGGAUGGCAUACACAGUUACAGAAAAAAAAUAAUGGGCAUAGUAAUAAACAUAUCGUAAGAGGAAUAUACAUUAAAAAAGAUAUUAUGGACAAUGUAAAUAUAAGGAACAGGGAGAACUGCGACAGUAACACAUAUGGUAAUGAUGAUGAAAGGAAGUUUUGUGCUAAUAAUUAUGCAUAUUUACGUUGUAAUAACAUGAUUAAGAAUAUAAAAAGCAAUGUACUUUGCAAAAAGAGCAUGUAUAUUAUUAACAAUCGUAAUGAUGUAGAUACUAUGCUUAACACUCGUAACAGCAAUCAUGUUAAACAUAAACACUUCCCCGGAAUUAGCGAGGAAUAA